AUGUUCACCCGCUCCCUAAACUACCGCCAACGCUCCCGUCUAACAGCCUCACUCUUCGGCACAACAGCCCUCCUCGCAUUCCUCGUCGUCGCGGCACCGUCAAUUCUUCCAUGUCCCGCACGCAAGGUACAGAGGACUGGGUUUAGGGGGGUGAAGGGGGAGGGGGCAGAGAUGGAGGGGAAGAGGGUUGUUGUCUUGGAGAGGGAGGGGGAUGAGAAUAUCAUGGUGACGCACGUCUCAAUCUAA